CUUAAUUCUUAGAGGUUUUAUACUUACGCCAGUUUUUUCUGGUUUCUAUACGUUUAUUAUGCAAAAUUAUAGGGUGCUCUUUCUUACUUCUUUGUCGGCUCCCCAACAUCCGAUCAUCGAUGCAUUAUAGGUCUAGGGUUUCUGCUCUCUGAUCAGUCUUUGAAUUUUUUUACUAACAUUUGGUUUCUUCGAGUCCUGUCAUCAUGGGGGACUGGCAUGAUCUCGCUCAAUCAGUAGUCAUCGGUCUCAUCUUCUCUUUCCUUGUUGCGAAGCUUAUAUCCAUGGUUAUUUCAUUCAGAGAUGAAAACCUUAGAUUGGCACGCGAAGAGAGUAUACCGUCCAUGUCGGUUGAAGUUGAAUCUUCGUCUGCUGUGGAAGAGCCUGGUGCAGUCUCUGAAAAACAAAGUGCCGCCGCAGAAGAGAAACUCCGUGUUGAUGAAGGAAAUCAAGAUGUUAUCGAGAAGCAGAGCAAGCAGAGCGAGAGUUAUUUGGAAGAUGAUGACGAUGAUGAUUGGGAAGGAGUUGAGACUACCGAGCUUGAUGAUAUAUUUAGUGCUGCUGCGACUUUUGUGGCUACUGCUGCUGCUGAUCGUCUGUCACUGAAGGUCUCUAACGAUGUUCAAUUGCAGCUUUAUGGUCUCUAUAAGAUUGCCACCGAGGGUCCUUGCGGCACACCGCAACCUUCUGCCCUCAAGAUGUCGGCUCGUGCCAAGUGGAAUGCAUGGCAGAGGUUGGGGUCUAUGCCUCCAGAAGAAGCAAUGCAGAAGUAUAUAAUAAUAGUUAGCGAGCUAUAUCCUUCUUGGGCAGCUGGAUCUACUGUUCGUAAAGAUGGAGGCAAUGAUGCACCUAUUUCAGAUGCUAAAGGAACAAGAACAAUGGGCCCAGUUUUCAGCACCUUUGUUUAUGAGGAGUCUUCUGGAGAUGAUUUGAAGAUGGAAGCUAUACAUGCCUGUGCAAGGGAAGGAGAUAUGAAUAGCUUGCUUAAACAUGUAGAUAGUGGUGUUUCAAUUAAUCUUAGAGAUGGUGAGGGCCGAACCCCUGUGCAUUGGGCUGUUGACCGUGGACAUCUCAACAUUGUGGAGCUACUUGUCAGCAGGAAUGCCGAUGUAAAUGCUAAGGAUAACGAGGGUCAAACUCCAUUGCACUACGCGGCAGUCUGUGACAGAGAAGCAAUUGCUGAAUAUCUGGUGAAGCAUAAUGCAGACAUCAAUGAGAAAGACAAUGAUGGCUGCUCCCCUUCUGACCUAUGUGAGUCAAACUGGCCCUGGAUGUCCUGUUCAUCUGGGAAAACGAUUGGCUAAUGGUUUCCCUUCAUUUGUCUACCACCAUGGAGAUUUUUCGACAAAAUCCUGCAGCAUGUAUAUAACCCUAGGACAUACUGUGAUAACAUAUUAGUAUAUUUCCGGUGCAGCAUAUUCUUUCAUUGUUACUUACCCACCCACCCAAAAAAACGGAGCUCUCUCUCUCUCUCUCUAUAGGUGCAAAAUGUAAUGCAAGCUCACUUGUUAAUUGGCGUACAUUUGACAUUAUUUUUUUUUAUGGUAAACAUUGACACUACUAUUGACUAUAUAUAUAUAAAAAAAAAAAAGGUUUGAAGAGGCUCAA